CAUAAUAACGAGUAGGCACGGUGUGGAUGUAAGUAAAUUAGAAGGAUCAAAACAGCGAAACAGAAUGAAAAUUACUUGGUUUGUGGUGGUGCUGUGUGUUGGACUGGCACUUUGCGGACCGUCGUUCAACAAACACAGAAGAUCUUCAGUUAAUGGGAACGGGAAUAUGCCUAGAAGAAAGCGAGCAGUAUUUGUGAAGAAACUGUGGAUAAACAAUGAAAUACCAUACAGAAUUGAUGGUCGAGGAUUUGACGCGGGUCAGAUUGCUACGAUAAAGGAUGCGAUGAGACGGUGGGAGAGCGUCUCGUGUGUACGAUUCGUCGAGAGGCAAGAAGAGCACUUGCAAGGAGUCGUGUUUUUAGGCACAGGAGGGUGUCAAUCGUACAUCGGAGCCACGCGCUUCGCAGAACAACCACUAUAUCUCGGACGAGGAUGUUUUCGAAUGAAAGGGAUCGUGUUGCAUGAGCUUGGUCACGUUUUGGGACUGUUACAUGAACACAGUCGCCCUGAUCGGGACAAAUACGUCAACGUCACUGUGGACGUUUGGGAUAAAUAUUACACAGAGUAUGUCAAAGCGAGUUGGAAGAACGUGCUGACUUUCGGCCUGCCAUACGACUACUUGAGCGUGAUGCACUAUAAGGACAGCACUAAAACAACUAUGGCAGCGAAAGAAAAAACAUCAUCUUCAGAUCAAGAUUGUUUCCCUGGUGACGGGCAGCUGCUCCUUGACAACGGCAAUAUGGUGGAUAUGAAGGACCUAAGCACUGGACACAGAGUAUUAACAGUACAAGCUGGCCGGCGUGUCUUUACGGAAGUGAAAACCUUCUUAAAGCGCUACAUCCACCAGAAUACUACCUACCGGACACUGAUUACAGAACAGGGACAUCACGUGACAAUGUCAUACAACCAUUUGAUCUUUGCAUCAGCAACAAACACGUCUGCCAACAUGGAAUCUAGAUUUGCGAUGUCUGUGAAACCAGGUGAUUACAUUUUCACAACAAAAGCAUGCGGCAGAGAUCUGUGCCCAGAACGAGUAGUGCAAGUAUCGGUUAGCUUGAAACAAGGUCUGUACGUUCCAGUCACUGACGCAGGAACGCUUGUAGUGAAUGGAAUAUUUGCGUCAUGUUACGCGUCAUGUCCACAUCACCUCGGACAUUUAUUCGUGUCACCCUUCCGCUGGUUUCCAUGGCUGCUGGAUCCAUGGCAACAAGAUGGCUACAGUCCUAUCAUAUCUGGUUUGGAAUAUCUAGCAAGCAGAUUUCUACCUAUGAGUUUGUCUCAGGGUGUUAAAACUGCUUCCACCUCUCAAUUCCGAUGAAGCAGUAUUCUACCAUCAGUGAAAACACAGUCAUCAGGCGCUGGUAGAGGGAUGGGACACUGUCCCUCUGAUGGAUAAUCAAAUUAGUUUCAUUUUUAAUGGAAAACCAUAGCUAAAGGGAAAAGUAAAACUCUGAAAAACUUGA